AUGAUUUUUUUAAAUAGUCAGGACAAGAUCAUUUUUGUUAAUUUUACAUUGAUUUUCUUUAAAAAAUUUGCCAACAGAAAAGAGGUUAAAGGAACCGUGCAACCAACUUUACUACUAAUUGGGGUACUGCCAUUUUCAAUUUUCGUUUCAAACAAAUAUGGGAAUAGGGUCCAAUGGGAAAUGGUUGGGUGGUUGGAAAGAAGGAAAACAGGUCAAAAGGAAUUUGGAAAGGAAUGCAAAAGACGAUUACAACAGAAAAAAUUCACUGCAAUUUUUUAA